GAGAGACAGACAGUGAGGCCGUUCGUGUGGGAGCAAGCGCAUUCAUGAAGAGCGCCAAAGUGACAAUAUGACGAACAAGAAAAGAUAGCAAGGACAAAGAAAAAAUAAUCUGUGCUUUGAGCGCGGAAAACACGCAACAAGGAGUUAUCGAAGUGAGAGUAUUUAAGUGAAAGAUGCAUUUAUAAGUACAAAUUUCACACGUCCGCCAAAAAAUGGAAGGUCUAGAGAGAGUACUAGAAGUGCUGAUGGGGGAAUCGAACUGGCUCAAAGUGCGGUCAGACCUUUACCCGGGGUCUGGCUGCGACGUGCCCCUGUCAGCGGGCAGCGAAGAACCGCAAGAUUGGGACCCUGCCACACCCUGCUUCGUCUGCCAGGGGAACACUCAGGGCUUGGUGCCUGAGGCCCCCAAAGGGGAGCCCACACUCCAAGAGAGAGAGGUGGAUUCCCCCAGAAGAGGGUUGGACUCGCCCGCUGCCCACGAGGACUCCGCCGCCGCCACGAAUGGCCACCACCGCCCGGAGGACGACCUCGACGACGCGUCGUGCCCUGGCGUCACCCUCGACCUCUCGACGGGGCGCUCGUCCGCCACGCCCACGUCAGCCUCCACUCCGCCCACGCUGGGCGCGGGCAUGGGGCUCCCCCGGCCCGCGUACCUGGGCGCCGCCGCCGCCACGGCCGCCGGGGGCCUGGGCGCCAUGGCCCCCGACGUAGCCCAGCGGCUGCCGCUCGACCUGUACACUGCCAACCUGCCUCCGCACCUGCUGCCCUGGAUCCUGUCGUCGCACCUGCAGCAGCUGGCGCGCGUGCAGCAGGCCCAGCACGAAGCGACAGACCUCAGCCUCGAGGAGAAGGACCCGCAGCCCCUCGACCUCAGCGCCAAGUCUCAGCUGAGCAUCAAGUGCGAGCUCCCGCCACCUGUCUCGAGUCAUCCUCCAAAUAACGCCGUUCUUUUCCCAUUCGAGGCUAAGACAACGCCCUCUCUCGAUACAAAAAUAUCUUCUAAUAGGGGAAGACGGAAGGGCGACCUGAGUAAGCGGUCCUACACCGAGGACGAGCUGCAGGCGGCGCUGCGGGAUAUCCAGAGCGGUAAGCUGGGCACGAGGAGAGCGGCCGUUAUAUACGGGAUCCCUCGGUCGACGCUCAGGAAUAAGGUGUACAAGCUGGCGACGGAGCGCGAGCGGAACAAGAAGCUGGCGGAGCAGAGCAAGGCGGCGGCGGCGGCGGCGGCGGCGCAGGAGGGCCAGGCGUUCCCUCCGUACCACAACGGGGUGUCCGCCGCCGACGUCCAAGGCGCCUCGUCCGAGCUCCCGCGGCUGGAGGACGACACCAUCGCCUCCCCGGAGUCCUUCAGAACGCUGCUCAAGAACAAGAUGGCGGAGAAGCUGGAGGAGAUGAGCCGGAAGGGCCUGGGCGGCGGGGACGAGAAGAGAGUGGUGGAGUCGGCGCUCAAGUACCUGAUGGAGAAUAUCCCUAAGCUUGCCCUCAACAAAGACAAUAAGGAAGUGUCGACGGAGUUUCUGAGUAGCAUCUCCUUCUACCCUCAGCUAAGCGACUUCAUCAAGAAGGUGGUCGAGGAGCGCUACAACGAAGAGCUGCAGAGAAGCAAGUCCAGACUGAACGGCUCGACGGAGCCUCCCGCCACCGCCGCCGACGACGCGAGGGAUGAAAGCUUCGACCUCAACGUGCCGUCCUAUUCCCUCUCCUGCAACGGCCUCCAGAAGGGGGACUCAGAACCCGCGUCCACGGAUUCCAAUCACUCUAGUCAGCCACUGAUCUCCUCCUUGUCUAAUCCCAACCUGAAGGAAAUGAUUGCUCAAAUGAUUGGGCAAAAGUUAGGGUGCGAGCUGCCGCCGGCGAAGGACUCGGCGCUGGCGGGGAACAGCAGCUCGGCGGCGGGGAAGCUGCACCAGCCCUUGUCUUUCACGGCGGCGGCCGACGCCAAGCUCAACGGGGAGAAGCGCGAGCCGGCGGCCAAGAAGGGCGCGGCGGCCUCCACGGCCAGCGGCGGGAAGGGCUCCCGCCCCAAGCGAGGCAAGUACCGCAACUACGACCGCGACAACCUGCUGAAGGCCGUGCAGGCGGUGCAGAGCGGCGAGAUGAGCGUGCACAGGGCGGGCAGUUUCUACGGCGUCCCUCACUCCACCCUCGAGUACAAGGUCAAGGAGCGCCACCUGAGCCGCGGCAAGAACAAGAGCGGCACGCCCACCAGCGGCUGCUCCUCUCCGCUGGCCAAGGCCAAGAAGGAGCCCGCGAAGGCCACGGCGGACACCACCACCACCGCCGCCGUCGCCGCCACAAUCGAUCUCACGGAGGACGAGAAGAGCAAAGCGGGCGAGGCGCUGGAGAUCACGCCCGUGACCAAGAAGGCGCGCGUCGACGGCGACUCCUACCCGCCCUUCCCGCCGAUCUCGUCGACGCCGCUCUCCUCCGCGCCCAUGUCGCCGAGCCCCUUGGGCAGCAACCCGAUCCUGGCGAACCCGUUCUCGCUGUGGAACAGCGCCCCGAUGGUCCCGCCCUUCCUCGCCAGCUACCAGCAGGACUCGUUCUACGCGUCGCACAUGAUCCGCCGCUUCCAGGAGGCGGCGGCCAAGAGCAGCGGCAGCGUGGGCGCCCGCACGCCGCCCGCCACCGACCGCUCGUCGUCGCCCGCCGUGGCCCAGCCCGCGCUCGAGCUGCCCGCCACGCCGCCGUUCCAGGGCAGCGUGCUCGACGCCCUCCUCAGAGGCAAGACCACGUCCUCCGCCAGCAAGACGACCACUGCCACAACCACGACCACCAGCAGCAGCAACAGCAGCUGCAACAGCCCUCUACCCGGCGGCGACAACUCGUGGCAGGUGUCCUCGAGCCUGCUGAGCCUGACGAAGGGGCUCGUGAUGGAGCAGCAGCACCAGCAGCGCUCUGAGGACGACCCAACGCCGCCUCUCAUCCCGCCGCAGGGCUUCAUGGCCUUCUACACCCUCCCCGCCCUCGCCGCCCGCAACAGCCUGGUCGCCGCCCUCCAGCAGCGCCCCCCACCGCGGGAGAGCCUGAGGGAGGCGAGCCCCGAGGUGGACAUCCUGCCCCUCCCGCUCGUCAAGGAGUCGCGCCACCACCCCACUCCCGUCGCGGCGGACCAGCCGUGAGCGCCGCCGUCGGCCGUCCUUCGCUGCCUCGACCUCCCGCGCCCCGCUGCCCGCGAGACCGAGGGCCGUCCCCCCGAGCCAGGCCCUUCGGCGUCCCCGGCCGCCCUUCGCCCUCGUCGGCUCCGAAAGAGACAUUCCAGGUCGUGAUUUCAGCGUAGGCCUUACGCUGAAAUGUUCGGUUUUCUACUUAGUGAUCAGGCAUGCUGGUUUAUCCAUAUUUUGUCGUUUAGCAGAUUGUCCAUGUUUUUUUUCCGAUUUUACACUAAUUUCCAUGCGCUUUUUCUCACGCCGAUACCAUAUCACGGUUCCAAGAUCAGUCUCGUCAACUCGAUACUGCUUAUUAUCAGUAUUCGACUUUCUAUUUAUGAAUAGAAAUGACCUUUUAUAAGACAUUUAUUUUUCUUCUAAGAAACGUAUAUUUAUCUGACCGGGAAUAUGGCGAGAAUCCUGGAAUAUUGCGUUUUUUGUGCUGCUAGGAAUUCUUGAAUCUGAUUUUCUCUCUCUUCUUUCUCUCGAUGUGUCUCUUUUCUCUGGUUUGUUCUUAUUCCUCCAUCUCUCUUUCUCGUUCCCUUUUCUUUCUUUGUUUUCUCUCU